AGCGCUCAUAAUUCAUAGUUUAGUAUGUUCUAACUGUUAGGAACGACUCCUUCUUUCUCUCGUGGAUUGGCGCAAAAUUAUCAGGUGUAUUGCCAGUUAACGGUAAUUACUUAUAGUAAUCGAUCUUGAAUAAUGGUUGCUGAUACAAAAAUGGUUCGACCACUAUCUACAACAAUAAAUCGACGCAGUUUGUCAUCAAUUACAAUACUAUGGACCACGUUAAUAUUAAUGACGUUUCUAGUUGAUUUAGCCUAUUCGUCAGUAUCAUGUGGCAACGGUAUAAAGUCUGUUGGAGGAACGGUCCCAAGCGGUGACAUCUUCCUAGAGUAUGGCAGUGGAGUUCCUUUGGAAAUCACUUGCACCUUGCAAUCUGAUACCAUAAUAGUGCAGAACUUGUUUCGUGAUCGAACGGACAGUAGUAAUAAAACCAAAUAUCCAAGCCACAGGAUCGUGUUUUAUAAAAACGCCGAAAUUGUACCCAGACAAUACGUGACAAUCGUCAACGCAACAUCGGCUCAACUCCGCAUCCCAAACCCCCCAGCUGGCCAAGAUACCUAUUAUUGCACACUAUUACUUGAUUAUGAACGGCGUCAAAACGAAAGUUAUAUUAAUUCCAGCGGUGAUCACUCAUAUAUUAUGUCAUUUAACGGUUCGUCCAUGUUGCCCACUGUACAAGAUUUAGCUUAUGGCUCAGAAACGAAUGGAUCUCAUCAACUGGGAUCACAAGUCAGGGUGUGUUUGAAUAGAGUCUAUGUAGGAUAUAAACCUGCCAUCAUAAGAAAUUUUACAUGUAUUUCUGACAAUUGGGUUAGUUUGAGAUGCAAUUGGAACACGUCAGAGAAUCCAAUCAAAACCACUUAUUCGUUAUUAUUCAGAUUACCUGGUCGUGCUGGAGGCAGAAUAUUCAUAAAUUGUCCGACGGAUUCAGAUAUCAGAGAGAAUACUUGCUAUUGGGAUUUCGAUACUACUCCCAUAUAUAGACAACCUUAUGAGUUUUACGAUUUCAGAUUAAAUGGCCAAAAUGUGUUAGGAAAUUCAUCUACAUUUUUCAACUUUCAUCAUUACGCCAAUAUAAUUCCCGCGAGCCCUAUAAAUAUCACCGUGGUGGAUAAAACAGAAUCAAGUGCCAUGUUUAGGUGGUCAGUGGGCACUAUGACAAACUUUCCACGGGAACUAAUUCAUAAGAUCGAAUAUAAGUCACAAUGGGACUCCGAUCUUAAACAUUGGCAUUCUGUAAAUACAAGUGACGUGCAUUGCAGUAUGUCAUUGCCGUCCAAUAAAACAAAUUCAUUUCUGUAUACUAUGAAUUGCCAAGAACGUGAUAAUGAUUAUUAUUAUUUUAAUGUCACUGAUCUAAAAUAUCCGUUUGCACAUUACGAUGUUUGCAUAUACGUACGUUCUUCACUCGCCCGCGGGGAGGAUAAGUGGUCACCUCCUGGUUGUAUAACUCUGAAAACCAAACCUUCUAUACCAAGAAGACCGCCAAGAACUGAUGUUGGGAGCUUUGAGAGUCUUCCUUCACGAAUCGACAAAUCCAAAAGAAACGUUUUCAUUUAUUGGCAAAAAAUUGAUGAUAGCGAGAAAUGUGGUGAUUCGUUUGAGUACCGUGCUUACUAUACUUCAACUACAGAACAAAAUGAGACCACUAUUCACUUUAGUGAUGAGAUAUUUGAUAAUUAUGCCAAAUUUAAAGAGCUCAGUACUUCGGUUAGUUACAAUUUUACAGUCUAUUCAUCCAACAAAGAAGGUUUGUCAACGGAGUACUCAACAAUAUACGUACCUAGUGAAUCACAGAGGGUUGAAAAACCAACAUUACUGACAAAAAUGGUAUUUGAUCAAGAAGGUGUUUUUGAACUUUCCUGGAAAAAUGCCGUCAAUACGAAAUUGUCCACUGCCGAUGAACUGAAUUACUACACAUUAUUUUGGUGUGAAAAUGUUAGUCGUCAUCCAUAUCAGUGUGAUGGUUAUAUGAACUGGACGCAUGUCCCUAGUUCAGAAUAUCGCUGCAAUGUCACUAUAUUUAAUUAUAAUGUUAAAAAACAUUAUCAAUUUGCAAUAAGUGCUAACAGUCGACGUUUAGUAAGUAAUGGAACCAAUAGUUAUCAUCAAACCAAUUGUAACAGUAGUGGAAUGGUGUGGGAAUCAUGUACAAUACAAAAUAAUAUAACUGCAAGAAAAGUUGAGAACGUUUGGGUUAGUGUGAUCAGCUCGACGUUUAUUGGCUUGAGAUGGAAUAUUGAGUGUACUGAUAGAAUCGGUUUAGUUGGUGAAUAUCAAAUAUUUUAUUGUGCUGUUGCUGCCACAAAAAAUUACAUUUGCAACGGAUCCAUGUUGUCUAAAACAAUGACCAGAGAAGCGGCACAAAAAGACGGAGGUUUUACAUUAUUAACAAAUCUUGAGCCUUAUACUACAUACAUUGUUUCCAUAGCAAUAAAUACAAACUAUGGCAAAGGAAUACAUAGUGAUCCUUUACUAAUUACCACAUUAGGCUUAGGAGGUUGGUAUUUAAAAGAAGAAUAUCCCACAUCUGUUCAACAAAUAAUGAAACAAAAUUUUUAUCCUUAAUCCAUGAUAGUUGGAAGCUCGUUCAUAAUACAACAUUUAUUCUUAUUUUGCAAUAUUUUUGAUUGUAUAAAUAUUACACAUCUAGACAACUUGAUUCUACUUACUAAGAAUAUACAAUUUCAAACAAAAUGACUUCCUUUAGUCCCAACAUACCUAGGGAUGUAGGUACUAUAUUAGUACUUUAUCCAUACUUCAUUCUACAACAAGUAUUGACAAUAUUGUAUACCUAGUGUAGUUGCAUGUAGUGUGUACUCAUGAAGGCACUCCUAUAGUUCACACUCUCUCUAUGUUUAAAAUAAUUAAAGUUAAGUCACUUAUGUAUACAAGCGUUUUAUUUAAUUGUUUUGUUAGAAGGCACAAUGUUAUUGUCAACAUUAUUAGAUCAAUAUAAAUUAAAACAAACAAAAAAUGUAAGUUUUUCAAUUUUAUCAAUUUUAUAAUUACUAUUACUGUUUUUAAUCUUGUAAUACCUAUUGCAUUCACAAAUGUACAGUAAAUAGUAAGUCAUUUAUAAUGAAUCAUUAGUCAAUACCUCAAAGUGUUAUUGAUACUUACAUUUCAAUUAUUAAUUAUAUUUUUGUUAGUCUCCCACCCUAUAUUUAAAUACAUUUUAACUCAAAUAUUUUGUGAAAUCCAACUAUAAUAGAUAAUGAACUAGAAAAUAUUUUAUACUAAAAUACAAUAUAAUGAUGUAUGAAUUAUGAAUAUGGUAGGAUGAUAUUUUGUAUCAUAAUAUAAUUGCUAAAUAAUAAUACUCUAAUACAUAAAGCCACUUCCAAUAAGAGUUUGAUUUUUUCAUGGAUUUUAUCUUGCCUGAAUCAUUGCUCAACUCUAAAAUGACACCCGGAUAAUAUUCAUUUUCUAAUGUUUUAAUACAAUAUGAGCUUAUAGAUUUAACUACCAGCUUAAACUUUGUUACGGUAAUCUCUUUGCUGAGCCAUAACUUCUUCUUUUUUUUUUAUUUUGCCAAAGAUCUUUAUCGGCAAAUCUCCCAGUUUUCGCCUUCUGAUUCAUCUUUAAAUAUUAUUUCUUGCUAUUAUCCUCUAUCUUGUGGGUGAGAAGCAUUGGAGGUACAU